AUGAAGAUGUUCGAGUUGGUAUCCCCGCGGUCCUGUCUCGCGCGAGAUGCGAGCAAGAGAUCAAGCGACUUGGAUGGGAAGUGCGUCGCAUCGGCCCGUAGCUGAUCAGCCGUCGUAGGAAAUUGCAACAAGCACGCCAGCGAUUGCACCAACAAAACGAAGUCGAUGACUAUGCGAUAACAAUACUUGAGCAAGAGGAAGAGCAUAUCAAAACUACGGCGCGCCGAUGGUUCUCGAGAGGUGGCCUCGAUUACCUGUGGCAGCGCACCCAAGACACGGGCGAACUGCAGAUGGACGGGUGGGUGGAGCUUCGGGUUUGGUGUACCGACGACGCUGAACUUUUCCAGCGAACUACAGCGGAUGACUUGCCGGAUUUGACCUCGUUUGCCGGCAGCCCUGGUAACAGAAUUAACGAGACGGACGACAACACGGACGAAGAAGUUGACUUUGGCAUAAGUGAUCAUUCUAGCGACGAUUUGAGUCACCACUCUAUCGACGCCACAGAUUACGGUGCAUUUAGGCCUGGGGAGUGGGACUUCAAUGCGGAAAAUAAUGACAGUGAUGACGAAACUUGGUGA